AUCUUAAUCUCGAUCUCAAAACGAGGUUUUCGAACAGCUGUUUAGCAUACGAGAAAAUGUUCUUUUGAUGGCGGUGGUUGCGGUAAACAGAAGUUCUAAUUUUAAUCUGUUAGGAACAAAUGACGUCAAGACAGCAUUUCGUAGUAAUGACAGCUCUUCUGAGAGAUCUACGCCACAAGCAAUGACAAAUCUGAAGGAUGCUCAGUCAAGCUGGGGAGAGUGUUUGCCACCCCGUCAUGUACCACCAAAACAAAAGCAUGGAUAUAAUCCAUUGUCAUUUAACACUUCUUUUGAUGAAACAGGACCUGCAGGAGCUGCAAGUAGCCAUAACAUGAGUGCUGCAUCAGCUGUUGAUUCUGGAUUUUUCGACCACUUGAACUUGGAUCAACUUAAUCUUAAUUCGAGCUGCAGUAGUGAUAAACUCUCUGGUCUUGAUGACUUGGUAAACAAGAUUGUAGAAGAUGAUGGCUCUCUGUUUGGUUUUGAUGGACUGGGGUCAUCAGAACCAGACAAUGGCAAAAGUAGAGUAGCAUCAAACAGUUUCAUUGACAGAAAUGUUGACUUCAGCAUGAGCAGUGUAUGGUCAGCAGGUCUAGAAGACAGUGCAUCUUUACGGGCAUCAGAUGUUAGAUCUCCAUUACCUUUUGCUGGUCAGUUACACAGUACACCUAACUAUUGGGAGGAUAAGCUUUACAACAAACAGACCAUUCAGGCUACAAGACCUUCCUCCAGAUUAAACACAGUGGGCGGACCAGUAUCACAGCAUGUUGAGGUGGGUAAGCAUGCAACAGGCUUCAGGAACCAACAAAUGUGUACCACAAGUGAUGAGUUAGGCUUUAGUUUUUUCUCACCAGUCCCAUCAACACCUUCUCGUAGGAGACUUUCAGAAAGGAGCAGCAUUUCUUCAUAUACUUCUCAAUCUAGCAGGCAAUCCAGUGACACAGAUUCUUUUCUUGAGAUGCAGAACAUUGCACAAAAUAUUGAUCAGUCUGAUGUAAGAAAUGGCCUAAGGGAUUUUAAUACCCAUUUCAAUAAUGUCCAGAUGGGUACACCUAAUCGAGGGAUAGCUGCUUACAAAGAUUUUGAACCAGACUCAACUUCAAUAACUUCAGCAUUUCAGCCUUUUGUGAAUUCAAAAUGUGAUCUUGAGCACAAUUCAGACAAUUUUCAGCAGACUCAAAACUUAUUGAAUAAUGUAAAAAGUAUUGCAGAAUCUCUAACCAAUUCCUCAGCAAAACGUGCUCUCACAUUUAGAGGUGAUAAAGGAAUUACAGACGAAGAUAUGUUAAAGUACAACUUUGACAGAGCAGAUCUUUAUUCUCCUAAUACUUGUCAGGUAACACAGAGUUCAUUUCUUAAUGGAAAUACAGACUUUAAGCCAAUUGUAACGGCAUCUAACCGAAGCCAGAGCACUCUUUCACUGUCGCAAGACACAAAUGGAAAUAUCAAGAAUUCAUUUGUCAAUCAUAAAACUCAACCAUUAAGAAUAUUGACUCAAACAGCAAGUAGUUGUGGAGUUUCUAGUGCCCAGAGCAGCAGUUUUGCCUGGUCUAACCCAAGCACACCUGGCUCAAUCCCUAUGAGUUCUAACAGUAGUCUUGCAUCAGAAUUGCAAGGUUUCGACAAUGCUUCUAUUGCCAGCAAACAGAUGUUGUCACAAUGUACUUCAAAACCAUUACAAUAUGUGCCAUCAGUACUUACAAAUAUGGAGAACAUGUCAUCUCAAACAGUACUUAUACAGCCAGUACCAACAACAACACAGCUGUAUACAGUACAAGGGAGAUCUGACCCACAAAAUGUGAAGUCUGAUAAACUUCAAACAGAUGUUAUAGGUGGACAAGUAAUGGUUGAAACACCACAUCUUUUAACGACUGUACCACCACAACAACAACUUCUUAAGUAUCCGGCACCAAAAGUCCCAUUAAUGCUCCCACCUGGUACCAUACUACAGCAGCCAUUUAUACCACCAGAGGGUUUCGACUUGGUAGCAAUUGAUGCAUUUGGGCGUAUGAUUCCAGUACAGUAUACAGACAUGGCUUACCAAGGUGUUCAGCCAGGUUAUGUGUAUGGCUAUCCUCCUUUCGUACCUACAUUCAGGCAACAAAGAAGGAGUGGACCAGCAAAUGAACUACAUACCAAACUGGAAGAAUGCUAUGAGCAGUUUAAGCAAGUAGAAACAGAGAGGAAAAAGACUGAAGCAGAAUUAGCGAGACAGAAUCCUGGGAAGAAAGUAUCAAGUGCAAACAAUAUUGUUGUACCCAGACUGCCGUCAAAUCCAUCACGUGUUGAUAGGCUUGUUGUAGACUCUUUCAAAGAACAUGCAAGGAUAAUAACACUGAUAGAGAAAAUGGAGAAAUUGCGAGAUAUGAAUAUACAUCCCAGCAUACAUUCAUCAUUAGAGAGGUGGCUAGAAGCUAUCAGGAAAGUACAGGCCAGGAGAAAAGAGGAGAUUGUGAACUCAGCCAACAGACAUAGAAAUGGUGGCCCAAGGCAGCAUGAUGAAAAAGAUAUUUUAGCAUUGGCAGCUGCUAUAUCUGAGUUGACUGUAUUGACACGUAAGGCUAGAACUGCUAACUGGUGUGCCCUACAGAUGGCAACAAAAGAUAAUCCAAACCUUGAGAAGCAGGGUAUUGUACUACAGCAGGCAGACGGACUGAAAACCUACAGAGUUGUGCCAAACCAUGUAGUAGUGAGGACAAGUCGGACAAACACUCCUGUAGAAUAAAACGGAUCCAGGAAGAAGCUGAAUAACUAUCAGGGUUUAAGUAUUAAGGGUUGUAUUAGAGAAAAUGACUUUACAGAAGUGCUUUUAGAUUGCUUGUCCUGUAGAACAUUUUUAAUGUUGUGAGGCAUUGAAUAGAGUAACUAUUUUACAUUUAUUUCCCAGAUAAAGUACUGCUUUUGUGGUUACGCUUUAGUUAUUUUUAAUAUCGUAAACUUACCAAGUUACCAGGUAUUGUUGGGAUAAGGUUUCUUUAUAACUUUAAUGACCAUAUUUAAUUUUUUGAUAAAGUUGACUUCUUAGAUAUUAAGGUAUUUGGGAUUUUGUUGUCUUAUUCUUUUAACUGGUCAUGACCUAACAAAUGCAAGUAGAGCUAUCUUUGAUUAUGCCAAUCACAAAUAUUGAAGAUUUCAAAGUAACUUACAAUUUUGUGAGCAGUUGUAUUAAAAUGCUGUGAAAUGCUCAGGUAAUACUUUAUGAUGUUUUUUUUUCUUUUCCUUUACUCUUUUUCAAAUAUUUAUUUUGACAAUUUGCUUCAAUUUUACUUUCAGUUGUGAAGAAAUUAGGGAAUCUCAUUAUAAUUGUUAUAAAUCAUUUAAUAUUAUUGUAAGACUUUUUGAAAAACCUAUGUAAAAAUUAUUUCUUGCAUCUAGAGAAAGUGAUAGUUGAUGCCAUAUUUUUCAGUUUAUCAUUUAGAAUACUGAUGUUUUUUUUCAUUUAAUCACAUAUUGUAUUUUAUCAAUUUGACCUUUUGUUUUAAUUGUAAUCUAAACUUAUUAUAUUAAGGAGUAAAGAAAUGGUUAUUUAUAGUUAGGUAUGAUCAUUCAAUGAUGCUAUAUAAAUCUUGUGAACAUAAUUUUCAAGUUGAGAUUUAUUAUCUAAGUGUUUUUGUCUUCCUGGUCUUAUUAUUGUUGUGCCUAAAGUUAGAUAUAUGUAAACAUUUGAAACUUAGAAAAGCUAAAUGGCUUUUAAAACUAGCACUGUGUAGGUAAAUAGAGAAAUAUAUUUGAUUAGUUAAAAUAUAAAUAAGCUAUACAUACAGUCAUACAUGAGAUUGUGGUGUAAAAAUAUGUAGUUAUGCUUAAGACAAUUGGAAAUCUUCAAUUGUUAACCUUGUUUUCCUUGUAUAGUGUUCGUUAUCAAUUAGAUAUGAUGAUGAUAAGUAUAAUAUUUAUUUGUUUUAUUUACUGGUUUGAGUAAGUAAAUAGUGUUUAAUAUUAAUUAGGUCUGACAAUAGAUGUGAUAUUGAUUUUUUUUUUGUUGUUGACAAUUUGAAAAGUUGAAUGCUUUCCUUUUUACACUUAAGCAUAAGUAAGAGACGUUUGUUCAAAGUAACAAAAUAUUUUAGACUGAAAUAUAAAGAAAACAAUCACAAUGGUAGAGAAAACAAAAAAGGGACACUUUAAAAAAGAAGAGUUUAUUUGGUCAUUUUUCUUGUACCCCUUUACCAGUCAUUAUUUUAAGGUAAAACAUGCACGGUUGACAGUGCAUCAGAAAAUUUAAAAUAAUCCUCAGAAAUGUAUCUGUGCUUGUUAUUGCAUAUGUAGAGAUGAAAUCAUACUAUAUUUUUGUGUUUAUUGCUCACCAUGUCUCCUGAUCAGCUACUAUUGUGAAUAUGUUUUUUUUUUCUAAUGUACUUCCAAUUAUUUGCACUCCGGCAGGUUUAUUAGAUAUAGAUAACAUGUAAGGUUUUUCAUAUUCUAAUAUAUCAAAAUUUGUGCAUUAUUCUUCUUUUAAAAGAAACAAAGAGAAAUUGGCUUAGAGGAAUUUAAAAUGAUUUUAUCUCGUCAUAUGUGUAGCAUUGUAAGUAAUUUAAAAUAAUAUUAUAUUAAAGUAUGUAUGUUAUUUAGGUUGUAAGCUCUGUGAUAUAAACAUUCCAAUAUUUAUUAAAUAUUUUGCAUAGACUUCUCUUUGUGCAAUUAGUCAAAUUAUAGCAAUAGAUAUAUGCACAAUGUAACCUCGUACAUUUUUCCCUCUCUAUAUAGAAUAUAAAUAUAUAUAUAUGUAUAUGAAAAUCAUGUUUAUUUUUGCAAGCAAUUCAUCUGAUGUUUAAUGUAAAUGUACUACAUUGAUGUGUGUCUUUCAAAGCAAAUGUUUUUACAGUAUUUAUGUCUUGUACACCUUUAUUUCUCUCUAGUCAGAAUCUUAAUUUCCUUUGUUGUUUUUUCUCAGUGCUAUUUUACAUUGUAACCCCCACAAAUAGUGUAAUUUUCAUUGUACUUUAAACCAGAAUUGGUCCUAUAAAAUUAUGCAGUCUUUAUUUUUUUUGCAUCAAAACCCCCAUACUUCACUGCUGUAUAGAUUAUGCAUAAAUGUUAUUCAAGUUAAAAUAUAUAAUGGAAUUAGCCAAAGUUUGUCAACGUGGUUUAAUUUAUUUAGGGACCAUAUAGCUUAAAUGAUACAAAACCAAUUAAGCUUUAAACUUGUAUAUAAAAAAUAGUUGCUGAAUAGGUUGCCAUGGCCUUAGCCUAUGUUAUUUUUAUGUGUUUCAAAGAAUAUAAAAUGCAAUAUAUGUUUAACACACUGUGAUUUAUUUGUGUUUUUAAUCAAACUUCUUAAAAGGCAUUAGGUCAAACUUGUUCAGAGAUCUUGGAAAAUAUGAAUAAUUGAAAAUUGAAAUUGUAUAAUAGAGACAUUUUUACAAGCAGUUUCAUCUAGAUAUAUUAUACUAUUGAAAGUUAAGGUAUUGACUUGGAUGAACGAUUUAAAGUAUACUUAGAAAUAAGACCUACUAUCAGAAGUUUAUCAUAUCUCACCCAAAUAUUACUACUUACUUUUACCUUAUGUAUAUGUUGUUGUUUAUCUGACUUGUGUAUUUGUCACAAAUCAGUGAAAAUGAAGAAGCAAUAUUUUCACACAAUGUCUAAAUGUGCAGCUAUAUAUAACAUCACCUGAAGAAAAUGUUGAUUGUAACAUUGGAUUCUUUGUGUUAUUUAUUUAAAUGUUUUUAAAAGCGUCAUAUUUAUCUAGUGUUGUCUCCACUUAGAUGUACAACUGCCUUAAUGCUCCUAUAUGUUGUGUAUAUAUCAAAACUAUUUUUAUUCAAAAUCAUUUCAAUUCAUAUUUAGAUCAUGUUAAUUUAUAUACAUUGCAUCACAAAUCAUUGUUUGUUAAAAUCAAAACUUGAAUUUUGACAUCUGCUGUAUUGUACUGGUCUAAGAGUUUUAAAAUACCUGUCUUAAAACCCGUCAUUUGAUUGGUUGUCUUAUGAAUUUCAAUUUUAAAGUGACCAAUAUCAGUUGUCUGUACACCUGUUUUUAGUAGUUCACAAAUUCUCAAAUUCUGAAUUAAACAUCUGAGAAAUUUUCAUAAAGCAUCAAAGUAAGACAGCUUUAUAUCCUGGGAGCCUCAAUUCUUAAUUUGUACAUGAUUUAGGCAUAACAUGUUUAUCAGGGUAAAUGUGUAAUCUUUUUACUUUUCUGAUUAAAUGACUAUUUAAGUACAUUGUUUAAGUACAUGUUGCAAUAAAAAAAAGCGGUUAAAGACUAUUUAAAAAAUGAAAUGCAGAGAGGAAAAUUAAUGUUAUAGAAUCUGUAAAAGAGAAUAUUUAGAAUCUGUAAAAGAGAAUGUUUAGGAAAUGUAAAAAGAUAAACAGCAAAACUUGCAGACAUGUAAUUGAUAGAUAUACUGAUUGUUAAAUGAAAUAUUCUCAUGACGGAGCAUAUAUCACUGCUUAUGCUAUUAUUAAGAUCAAAUUGUGAAUCAAAUUUACUGCAAUUAUAUUGUUUAAGAUUUAAGUUUUGCAAAUAUUUUGCAAGAGUUAUAGUUUAGUAUAUUUUAAUGUGAAUGUAGACACAGUUACUUAAAAUGAAAGAUUUACGAGCAUUAAAAAGUUAGAUAAUGAAAAAUCCGUAAAUGUAACACAUACACAGGUUAUAGGGACUCAAUCAAGUUACAAAAGUCUUAAGUUAUAAAAUUCUGAAUUCAUACAAAUAUAAACAUGGGCACUUAAACAGAAAAAUAAGCAAACUAUGAUAAAGGAAUACACUCUGAAUUUUAGUGAAAGUUAUUUUUUGGUGCCAAUCUCGGUCCAAUUUCAGUUAUUAUUCUGGGGGAAAAAACAGAAAGAGAGAGCAUAUGAUCUGGAAGUUUAAGCAGAAUGGUUUACAAAUCUUGAGAAACAAAUUUUCGGUCUGUCAAGUCAAAAACCUCAGUGGAGUCCUUUUAAAUGCCACAUGCUGCUGUGUCAUGCCUUCAGAAGAUGUAAAUAUAAAUUUUAUUAUAAAACUGCUGUAGUUAGGUUUUAAAAGUAGUAGAAAUCAUUCUCCACAAACAGAUCUUUUUUUUAACUCCUCUUUAAAGUCACAAAUGUUGCGAAAAGAAAUAUAUUAAAAAUUGUAAAGGUCAACUGCUGAUUCUAUGUUUAGUAAUCUCAUUUUUUCACAUUCAGUAUGAAAAUUUUAAAGCAAAUAAGUCAUCAAUGAUUUAAAAAGAGUCUGGACACUCAUAAUUUUUUAUUUACAAUUGAUAUACUAUAUAAAAUUGUUUUGAGAUAUUCAUCGUUAAAAAAUUUGAUCAAAUUGAAAGGAGACAUUAGGAGAUGAAUUUUAAUUAAAUGUGAGGGGAACUGCAAUUUUAUUUGGAAAGUGUAUACAUAUUACUGAAUUAUGUUAAUAAAUAAUUGAGGGUGUAAGAAUGGCACUUCUCCCUUUGAACUACUUAAACUGCAUGAUGCCUUUGGGACCAGCCGUGAGUAACUAGUGUUUAUUAGAAACAAGAAGGUAACAUGUCUGCCAUAUUUUUCAUGUGCAGGUAUACGAGAUUUGUAUGAAUCCCACAAUAUUGGCAUCAUACAUAUGCUAGUAUAGUAUAUGAAGUUUACUAACAUGUAUAUAUUAAAUUUAUUUACAUGUACAUGUGUAUAUGUAUAUUUAUCUGUGUGUUCUUCUUCCAAUUGAGAUAUUGAUGUUUAAUGUUUUUGUGUUUGAUUUUCCUGUAGAAUAGUGUUGAGUUAUUUAGAAUAGUAUUUUGGCUUGUCUUAAAAUGCAUUUCUGUUUGAUUUUAGUUUAUAGAAUAUUAGUUUUCUACAUAUUUAGCUUUAUAUUUUGUAUUUUUUCUGUUAUAUUGUAGAUUUAUUAGUUUAUUUUCAUAAAUAUAUAGAUAUUCUAGUUUUAUUUAUUUACUUACCAUGUAUAUUUAAUUUUCUUGUUUAAUUCAUCUUCAGCAUUGUUGCACUGAAACAAAACUUUGUUAGGAAAAGAAUUUUAAAAUAAGUUAUAUACACAAAAACUGACAACAUCUGUGAAUUCAUAAUUGUUUAUGUGAACAAAAGAAUAAAUCUGUGCUUGUAAAAAUCUGAAAUGAAGUGUUAAAAUAUGCGGGGCUUUCCUUUAUUAUUUUACAUUUUUGUCAAAGGCUGACCUGAAAUUGCCUGAUAUGAUUCCAGUACUGGUUAUUUCCACAAAGCUGUCUGGGGAGUGUUCAAAUAAGCUUUAAGAAUUUAUUGCAUUCAAGCUAGAUUAAAAUAUGUUUCGUUAUAUUAUAUUAUCUCAUAAAUAUUUUGCAAUUUUUAAAAGUUAAGUGUUUCAAAAUUCUUUAUUUUGCCUAUUAUAAAAUGAUAGUAUGAUGUGAAAUUCUGUUUCAAUUUCUUUAUGUAACAAAUUGAUCACAGUUAACUUGUAUUUUGUCUCACUUUACCAUGACUUGAUCACCAACUAUUUUCUAUAUUUACUACUUGCAAACAUUUAUUUUGGCAAUGUCACUGCCUCAUUGUUAAAAAUGUUAACUUAUAUAUGAAUAUGUUUAUUUUCACUGUCUCGUGUUUGCAUUACUAAAUCAGGAACAAUGUUGUUUUUUUGCUCAUUGAAAGAUUUUCAUAUUUGGUCUGAGGAUCAAAUGGUCAGUAGAUUUUAUCUAAUUGUGUGUGCCUAUUCACAAGAGUUGAUGCAUAAUACUGUUGCUUAUAAUAUCAUAAUAAUAUAAACUACAUGUUUCAAAACUACUUAAAUAAUAAUAAUGGUUAAAAAAACAUCUUUCAGUUUAUACAUGCAUAAUCGCUUUCAAAAUGUGGAAUGAUAAUUUGGUAGUGAAUUAUUAAUUUCAAUCGUCAUGGUUUAAAGAUUCUUAGAUAUUAUUUUUUAUUGUGAUUCUUCCCUGUGAAAUAUAUGUGUAUUCACCUUUUGUCAAAAACGAGAAGAAUGGAUUCAAGAUAACAAUGUAUUUUAAUGAAAAAAUAUAUAUGUACAUGUAUAAGAUUGACAGAACGCUGUAUUUACAGUACUUUUAGAUACUUACUUAUGCCCUGUCAUCUAGUUAGUGUUAGAAUACAAUAGACAAUACAGGAAUUGUAAAUUAUAUGAAAUUAGUUAUGGUCUUGGGCCUGUGUUUUUUUUCCUGUUAAAAAUAGAAUAAGAUAAAGAACAUGUAUAAAAAUUAUUACAAUAUUGUAUAAAUAUAAAUGAACUUGUGUUGUGAUUUCGGGUUUUUUCAGAUUUAAAGUUGUAGAAAGUUGUUAUAUUUUUCCAGUUAUAUUUAUUGCAUUUUUCUGUUGUUGUUGUUGGUAUAACCAGUAGUGUAUAUAAAAUUGGUAUUACAAAAUAAGAAUUAUAUAUAUAUGUAUUUUGACUGUGAUAUUAGUGGCAUUUACUGUUUGAAUUCAUGUUAUUAGAUGGCAUUGUUUUUUUUUAUGAAUUUCAUCCUGAUUGUUUAGUAAGCAAACUGCAAUAGUCCCUGUAUUUCAAAUUGUCAUUGUUUUUAACUAAUAACAAAGCAAGAUUUUCUAAGUGGGGUUUAAGAAACUGCUAUUAAAACCAAAAAAUGAGUAGUUUGAAAAGGUUAUUUAGAAUAAAAGGUGUAUUCUUUAAUCAGUUUCAUGCACAUUGUAAUUUUUAUAUUAUAAAAAAAUAUUUGUUAUAUUUAAAAAAAAAAAAAAAAGAGUUAAAUUAUAUUUGAGAAUCUGGAAGAUAUUCAUGGAAAAAAAGGAUGCUGCCUACACAGUGAUUCAAACAUUAGUUGAUUGUUUAGUGCUUUAGAUCAUGUUGUCUUGUAUUUGGGACACAUUUUGUCAAAUUUAGUAUGACCUUUAAAGAGGGACCAAAAUAAUGAAAUAGAAUUAAGCAACAAGAAUUUAGAUUGGAUAGUUUCUGGAUAUUGUAAGGAGCUUGCACUGUAUAUACAGCUUGAGAUGAGACCUCAUUUUAAAUUGUAACUUGUUUAAUACUAUAUUGUCGAUGUACAGCACUGAAGAUUUUUUACUUUAUUGUUUAUUGGCAUGAAAAAUACGUAAAAACAAUUUCAUUAUUCAUCACAUUCAUCACAUAUGAUGAUAAAAUAACAACUGAACAUUGUCAAAUUGCUGUUUUAAUGGAACUUAUAGUAUCUGUAAAUUCAUAUUUAAGAUAAGCAAUUUAUUCUCUUUUAUACACAAAGCUGUUCCAUUAUGACCUAUCAAAUACAAAACAUAAAUUAGAAGUUGGAUCAUCAUGUUGUCAUGGUUUUAAAGAGGAGUUAAGUUUGUGGCCAUAGAUCUUUUGCAUACUAACUCCUCUGUGUAUUUACUGAUAUCAGUAAACAUGUAACCUGUACUCAAAGAGGUCAUAUUGGAACUUACUUUACAUAUAUUGCCAAGUGAUAAAGUAUUAUCUAGUGAUUUUGACAAAUGUUCAAAACAAAAUCAUGAUCUGAAUGUGAUUGUGUAUAUUAAACGAGAAUGGUUUGUAAGAACUUUACAUACACCUGAUACUGAAUCUUUUGAAUUACCCAAGUAUUUGAAAUACUGAGCAAUUUUUUUAAAUGAUAUGCAUAAUAACUUUUAGAAUAAUUCCAAACAUGAAUGUUGAAAUGAAAGUUUUUAGACAAUUAGAAUAGUGCAACAAUGCUUUAAGAAUAGCAACAAUCUUGAGAAUAUUUUGGCCUACUGCAAUAUUAAGUUGCCUUGUGAUGCGUUCAGAUUCAUGUUGUAGGUAUUGAUUAGAAUGAAGAUCUUUAUUUAGUUACUUACUCACUUUAAACAUUGUCAACGGCGAGAUAGCUGGCUAUCUGUCAUUAGUUUUAUAAUAUAUAGUCAAUGCACGUAGCCAUUAAUCAAAUUUUAGAUCUGAAAGUCUGUAGAAGUGUCUAGUUUAAACAAGUCAUUUAGGUGUAAAAACAAAGAACUGUAGAAGUGCUUUUGUUUGGGAUAAGGGUAGCUUAUAUUAGUUUUAUACACAGCAUGUUUUUUUUUUUUAGAAACUAUGAACAGAGGGAAAGUUGCUUUAACAAUCAUGUGCUAAAUGGUAUUUACAAUGUUUGUUUUUGUAAAUGACCAUCAGUAGAAUUUACAAGUUUCUGUGUACUCAAACAGAACUUAAUGGAUUUUACACAAUUUGUCUGUGUAACUAGUGUACAUUCAAAUUUCUUAAAGCUCAGUAGCCUAUAAUUUUUAUUGCCAUAGUAACUAAAAGAAGAAGAAAAAAUAGUUAUUACAUGUUAUUUAUAAGCAUUUUUUUGUGUGUUUUAUAAAUGAAUUGAUCAGUAAACUCUUUAAAAGUGAUUUCAAUAAAUUAUAAAAAAAAAAGAAGUGCUUGUUAAAUUUUUUUUUAAAAUGUGCCAUACAAUCUAGUUUUUUUUUAUUACAAAUUAAUAAUGAUGAAAUGUAUUAAAAUUUAAAGUAGAGAUGUUAUUUGCUAUGUGAUAACAAUGUUGACCAUUUCUGCGUUAGUUUUAACAAUACAUGUAUAUUUCUUUAAAUACAGACUAUUAAUUAUUUAAAGUUCCAGGUUUAAAAACAUAUCUACACGUAUAACUUUAUGUGUUAACAAAUAGCACCCUGUCAAACAGUAUGUAAUAACAGCUAGAUUCAGGAAAAUGUUUGUCAUUCCUAUGGUUUUUUUUAUUAUAAUGUUUUAUAAUGAAAUAGAUAGCAUACAUGUGGGUCUAAUUUUGCAUGAAAAAUACUCUGACUCCAUGAAUGCAUUUAUAUAUUAAUAUUGACUGAAAUGAUAUGAGCCCUGUCAUGACAAAACCAACAUAAUGGGUUUGCAACCAGCAUGGAUCCAGACCAGCCUGCGCAUCCGCGCAGUUUGAUCAGGAUCCAUGCUGUUCGCUAUCAGUUUCUCUACUUGUAAUAGGGUUUGUAAGCGAACAGCAUGGAUCCUGAUCAGACUGCGCAAAUGCCCAGGCUGGUCUGGAUCCAUGCUGGUCGCAAACCCAUUAUGUUGGUUUUGUCAUGACGCGGCUCAAUUAUCUAAUAGAAUUUAAGACUGUACAAAAAUCAAACAAAAAAUUGUAUCAUUUCACUGAACUUUGGUUUAAAGUUGAAUUCACUAUUUUUCUAUCACCUUGUCAACAUUUACAAGAAGAGAAUGUUAUUAAAAUCGUGUUCAAAGAAAAAGGUCACAGAUUUGUAUCUGGGAAGACUUCUUUUAUCUCACUUGAGAAUAUUGUUGAUUCACCAUUAAUUAUUAUCAAAAUGCACAGUUUUCUGUUUUGAUUUCUUUCAUCUUUCUUUAGAAAGGAAAUAUUUAUGAUGUUACUGUUCUGUCAAAAAAUUGUUAUCAGAAUUAUAAUCAAUUGUUUAUUAAUUAUUACUAUUAUCCCCAUAACACAGUGUUAUGGAGAAGGUUACAAUCAGAUUACAUAAUUAAAUGUAGUCUUAAAAACGAUCUUAACCUGCUGGUAUUAAAAUCAAGAAUAAAAAGUUUGGCUAGCCUACACACCUUUGCAGUCUGACUUACCUAUAUAUUAUUGGUAGCUUAUUUCAUUUGUAAUUUGAUAUUACACUUUGAAUGGACUGUUCCAAAAUCAAAGCUGGGUCAAUAUAUAACAUACAUUCAGCAGGUUAAAGGUGUAGUUAAGAGCCUUGUUAUAAAUAUAAACCACCUUCAGUUUUGUGAAAAUUUGUUGAAAGGUUUUAAAGAAAUUAUCUUGACCAAGUUAGAAAAUCUGUGAUCUUAUAUUUCAGAAUUAUUAUAUGUUAAAAAAAUAUAUGAAAUGAUAUGUAAAAAUGAUGCAUACUGCAUAGAUUGUUUUAUAAACUAUUCAAUUUCAUGUUUAUUUAUAUUGUUUGAACCUAGUUCUAGUUUUGGUGUUAUUUAUGACUAUUCAACUAUGAAAAUAGGCUGGUUCACUUUUUACAACUACAAAAAAUUAAAAGCAUGAUUGUUCAAAAUAGAAA